GUAUUAUAAUCCGGCUCGUGGUCGAUGCGAACUGUUCUACUGGUCGGGAUGUUGUGGGAAUGGCAACAAUUUCCAGACCUUCCAAAGCUGCCAGUCGAACUGCGAAGCUGAACAAACUCUGCGAGAAGUUCGUCUACUUUGGUGCAGGCGGAAAUCGUAAUAACUUCCAAACAUUGGAAGAGUGUCAGACACAAUGUCCAGAAUCAGCAAAUCCAUGUGCGGUUGCAGUUGCUACUCCACUAGGUCAGUGCACUGCAGGCGUCAGAAAUUGUGGUGCAGGUAAUUUCUGUCAUGUUGGAGCCUCACCUCAAACAACCAUUUGUUGUCCCAAACCAGUGAAUGCCUGCAAAAUCGGCACUCCAUACCGCUCUCAAGGAGUGGUCGUACACUGUUCCUCUUCAAACCCUACUGUAUGCCCUGCUGGUCAUUAUUGUCACAUCGGCGCUGGACCGCCCACGUCUGUUUGUUGCCAGUCGCUCGGGGGCGAUCCGUGUGCUGAGCCAUGGACAAAAGGAGAAGGCGAUGCAGCACUCACGCGCUUCUACUAUGACGCAGUUCAACGUAAAUGCUUUGCGUUCAACUAUUUCGGCACUAAAGGCAACCAGAACAAUUUUUUGACGAAGGAACAGUGUGAGGCAAGAUGUCCAGUAUGGAUCAAUCCAUGUUCCAUGGGACAGCCGAUUUUAACACCAAAUCAACGACCAUACUAUUGCCAUAUCGGCUUCGAUGAAUUGACGACAGCAUGUUGUCCGUCUCAAGGCGAUUCGUGCACUCUGGAAGUGAAAGAGGGUCGUGGAAGAAUGGAAGGUAACGAGAACAACUUUUUGCUACGAGAACACUGUGAAGCCACAUGUCCGGUGUGGGUGAACGUAUGCCCCAAAGGGGAACCGCACCUUCUUCACACAGGGAUGCCUCAACACUGCGAUCCACUGAACGAGGACUCGUGCCCAGAGUCACAUUGGUGUCACCCCGGUCCGGAUGCAUCAACGACGAUGUGCUGCCCGGGUCGGGUCGAUCCAUGUAUGAGUGCAAUGUCAGAGGGCGAAGGACCACUACAAUUGACGAGGUGA